GAGAGCGCCUGCGCCCUGCGUCCCCGCGCCGCAGAGAGGGCGGGGCCUCCGCGGCGCGGGGAGAGCAUAGAGCCGCGCAUCGGCCGGUAGCGCAGAGUGCCUUCUGGGGGCGGAGCGAGGCGGCUCCAGGCCCGGCUCCCCUGUCAACACCGGCCAACAUGGCGGCGCGGAGGCCUCGCUCCGCCGCAGAACAUGACAGUGAUGACGAUUCUUAUGAAGUGUUGGAUUUAACAGAGUAUGCGCGGCGUCACCAUUGGUGGAAUCGUGUGUUUGGCCGGAAUUCAGGACCGAUUGUAGAAAAAUACUCUGUAGCUACCCAGAUUGUCAUGGGCGGUGUGACUGGCUGGUGUGCGGGAUUUUUGUUCCAGAAAGUUGGAAAGCUUGCAGCAACUGCAGUAGGUGGUGGCUUUCUUCUGCUUCAAAUUGCUAGUCAUAGUGGAUACGUACAAGUUGACUGGAAGAGAGUUGAAAAAGAUGUAAACAAAGCAAAAAAGCAGUUAAAAAAGCGUGCAAAUAAGGCAGCACCUGAAAUCAAUACUCUAAUUGAAGAGUCAACAGAAUUUAUCAAACAGAACAUUGUGGUGUCCAGUGGGUUUGUUGGAGGCUUUUUGUUGGGCCUGGCGUCGUAAGGACCUGAAUAGUCUCUUCCUGGUGGCAUCCAUGUCAGUGAAGACCAGUUGUGGUGACAUGCUCUCUUAAAGCAGAGGGGUUCACUGGGCCUUCCAGAGCAGGAUGAAUGGACUGUCUAGACAACGUGGAAGCUUUUACAUUUCAGGCUUUUGCCUCUUGAAGCUUGGCAAAACUAGGAUUUGCUGAAAAACUCUGCAGUGUGCUCAUUAAACCAUUUCUGGGCAAAACUGGUUCAUCUUCAUCAUGACUCUUUUUAUCUAUGACCUUUCAAGAUCUAGCAUUUUUUAAAAUGUUAUUCUUGAAAUAUAGAUAUGCAGCCAUACUGUAAGAAAGAAAGCUCCAUUUCUAUGUUUUGGUUAAUAAUUGUUUAUUUUUAAAGUACUUUUCUUCAUGCUGUAGAAGAUAAUAUCAAUGACUACAUAAUAUAUAUGAUAUUGUAGUUUCAGCCUCAUGGCUGUCCUUGUUCUUUAGAAAUCACUGCAAUAAUCUAUCAAUCUGUAAUACCUUUUUACAGAGUAUUAAAUAACAGAGGAUCAUGAGCUUAUUAAAGGUGAAAAUUAACUUUGA